GCUGACAGACCAUGUGCUGAUAGACCAUGCUGCCUUUUGACAUGGUUUACUUCCCAAAUGGUACCGUAUUCCCUAUAGUUCACUACUUUUGACUAGAGCCUGGCAUAGGGUCUGCCGCGGUGCAGCACUGCUGGAUGGAGAGCAAUUUAGGUUUAAGUGCCUUGCUCAAGGGCUCAAUGGCAUUGGUUUGUACCUGGGAUCAGAUACCACAACCUGGCCUCAAGGCAAUUCGUAGGAUUUGGGAUGUACAUUCGUAUCCCUUCAUUUAGUAUAAUAUGUUACCUUACGUUAUGAAUGGAAUAGUGGUGGUAAAAUAUUAUACAAAUACUUCUUACCCAAUCCAUUAUACAAUAUCAUACUUUCGUUUCUGUCUUAAGUAAAGAUGCAGUCCGGGAUUUUAAGCACUUACAAAUUCUUGUAUGAAUUGGAAUUAGUAACAUAUCAUAAGAAUUGCAAAAAGAAAUGUGCAGGAGGUAACAUACGAAAUGGAUAACGUGGUACACAAUUGUGCACAAUUUUCAAUGAACCGUUUUGACUCGUGAGCACUACUUUCAAAACUACUGGCUGAAAUUAUACAAAAUCACUGGAGCAUCAUUUUAAGUAACCAGACCAUUAAUCCAUUCGUAAUUUAACAUAACAUAUCAUACUAAAUGGAGGGAUACACAUUUACGCAACAUAUCCUAUGUCUGUUUAAUGUGGUCAGGCUGGACAUCAGCACCCCUGCUGCUAUCAGUUCAAUUCCCUUUUUUUUUUUUUUUUAAUCGCCUGGCCCUUGGCUAGAACCAGCAACCGUUGCCACCCUCCUUAUGACAUACAGACAUAUUCCCAUCCUGUGUCUUUGGUAGAUUUGAGGGAGGGCACUUGAGUGAUCACUGCUCAUUACAAGACACUAAUCAGUAACCUAAGGUAUAAACAACUGUAGAGUUACCAAAUUAUGGUAGCUUUCCCAAAACCCUGGUUGGAGGAAUUUUGCAACUCUUGACUGAGAGAGGGUUAUCUGUUAGAUCCUAUCCUUCUCUGGGACAGCUGAACAUGCCCCACUGCACCCCCACUCACCCCCCUAAAUCACAACAAUAAAUACUGAAUAUUUAGCCUACUCAGCCAGUGCAUGAGUGCACAAAUUAAAAUAUCAACAUUGCUUUUACAUAGGCCGCUUGACUCUUAUAAUCGUGUGCUUACACAUUGUUCCAUAGUCUACUCACAACUGUGAUAGGCUUGAUGGUAUAACACAUAUAAUAUGUUUUCUUUAUAUGAUUUAGAUGUGCAAACAUUCGAAUCCCCUCACUUCUCAAUUAAACACGGUAAAACUAUGUUUAAUAUCAGGCUAUAGGCUACACAUAAGGCUUAGUUCUGAUUUGAUCUGCAGCUACACAGUUGUAACUAGCCUAGUUCAAGUCUACAAUGCUGUCUGUCCAAUUGACUAAACCUUUUUGGAAUAAUAUAUUCACAUGAAUCUUCAUAUCAUAAGAAAAUUAGCCAGGCUACCGAUUUCAUUCGAUUUUGACGUAUAUUGGUCUUUCUGUAGCCUACAAGAAUCCCAAUUUGUGCACCAGCUCUGGUGUGCUGUCUUUGAAUGGGAGAAGACUGUAAUUGAUGGGUGAAUUGGAAAGCGUGGCGGGGUGAGUUGUUUGUUUAUCUAUCUAAAUACGGAUUUAGGCUAUAGCUAACCACUACUGUGUAUAAGAAAUAUUGAAAAUGCGUCAGUGAUUUAAACACAGACUUUCCAUCUUCCGUUUUGGGUAGGUUUAUUUUACGCUCAACUUUACGCUCGUAAGUGCGUUUUCGGUCGGUGGAUGUGUCAGUCAGCGUCUCUGACGCGAGAAGUGGCGCAUCGCAGCCAUCAGGACUAUCGGGUUAUGAACAAUUCGGUGUUUUUCAUGCAAGAUACCCUCUGUUGUCCCGCGGAUUAAUGCGAUCGUCGUCGGUUGCAUGCUGGAAAGCGAUGGGGAAUUGAUAGAUAAAACAGUUGCCUAUUAUUAUGAUAAACGGAGACGCUCCUCCCAACGCCGUAUAUUUGUUGUAUAUGCAGAAAUGAGGCAGGGGGCGGAAUGUCGCCGCAGAAACAUUGGGUUUUGGCCAAACAUCACACUGUUUCAGUCCAUUAUUGACGUUAAAUCGUGGGUUUGCGUUGCUUUUGGUGCAAAAUUACCGAAUUGAGCGAAUUUUGCCAGAGAAAUGCAGCUUGCUUGAAGACACCCCAGAUAUCGGUUGGCUGCUGCCAUGACAGGCAGAGGUCUCCUCUCGACCACGGCUUCGCCGGUUGGAGAAUAAACAGGUUGAUUGGGACGUGGUCUCAGCUGCUGAACUGCCGAUGUCGGAUGUUAUUAUUAGUGGAGCCUGAUCCUGUAAAUAUAAACGCAAACAUACAGUAAUUCGGGAAAAACUCAGGGAAAAUGUCUUCGCGUUCUGCAUUACAGUCUGGAAACGACAGGGGCACGGACCAUCAUGUGUCACUAGCCGCCAGUCGCUCAGACAAGGGCACCAGCCUGUCCAGCCGCUCACUGGGCGCCCGCUGUAGGAACUCCAUCGCCUCCUGCUCUGACGAGACUCCGCACAUCGGCAACUACCGCCUGCUUAAGACCAUCGGCAAGGGCAACUUUGCCAAGGUCAAGCUGGCCCGCCAUAUCCUGACGGGCAAGGAGGUUGCAAUAAAAAUAAUUGACAAAACUCAGUUGAAUCCAACCAGCCUACAAAAGCUCUUUCGAGAGGUUCGGAUAAUGAAAGGUUUAAAUCAUCCGAACAUAGUGCAGCUGUUCGAGGUGAUUGAGACGGAUAAGACCCUUUAUCUAAUCAUGGAGUAUGCCAGUGGAGGUGAAGUGUUUGACUACCUCGUAUCUCAUGGGAGAAUGAAGGAGAUUGAAGCUAGAGCCAAAUUUCGGCAGAUCGUGUCUGCUGUCCACUACUGCCACAUGAAGAACAUUGUCCACCGAGACUUGAAGGCCGAGAAUCUCCUGCUGGACGCCAACGCCAACAUCAAGAUCGCCGACUUCGGCUUCAGCAACGAGUUCACGCUGGGCAACAAGCUGGACACGUUCUGUGGCUCUCCACCCUACGCCGCCCCGGAACUGUUCCAGGGGAAGAAGUACGACGGGCCCGAGGUGGAUGUCUGGAGCCUGGGGGUCAUACUGUACACGCUGGUGUCAGGGUCACUGCCCUUCGACGGGCAGAACCUCAAGGAGCUUCGUGAGCGCGUCCUGAGGGGGAAGUAUCGCGUGCCCUUCUACAUGUCCACCGACUGCGAGGGGAUCCUACGCCGGUUCCUGGUGCUCAACCCUACCAAGCGCUGCACCCUAAAUCAAGUCAUGAAGGACAAGUGGAUAAAUGCAGGAUAUGAUGAGGAUUCCCUGAAGCCCCAUAUAGAGCCUGUCGAGGACUACAGUGACACUAGUCGCAUAGAGGUGAUGGUGGGGAUGGGCUUCACUCCAGAGGAGAUCAAGGACGCUCUGCUCAACCAGAAGUACAAUGAGGUCACCGCCACUUAUCUACUGCUGGGCCUCAAGAACGAGGAUGGCAGCGAGUCUCGUUCGGCCAGUACCCUGUCCCUGGCACGGAUACGGCCCAGCCCCAUCACCAACGGGACCAACAAACACUCCUCGGCCACUGCGGGCUCCUCUUCCUCCUCUUCCUCGCACAGCAAGACCCAGCGCAGCACCUCCACCUAUCACAGGCAGCGGCGGCACAGUGACUUCUGCGGGCCCUCCAUGCCCGUCAUGCACCCCAAGCGGAGCCCCACCAGCACGGGUGACCGGGAGCUGCGGGAGGGGCGCAUGCCACCGCGUAAGGCCAGCUGCAGUGUGAUGGGCAGUCGCUCGCUGCCCCCCUCCAGCCCCAUGGUCAGCAGUGCUAAUAAUCCCAACAAGUCAGAGAUCCCCGACCGCCGCAAGGAGAUGACGGCCACCACAGUGAGAAACAGUGAGAACAAUAUCCCGGGAAGUGCUAUGACCCGCCGGAACACAUACGUCUGCACGGACCGCUCCAGCACCGACAGACACUCCCUGCUGCAGAAUGGCAAGGAGAACAGCUCCCUGUCCCACCGCCUACCCCCCACCUCCCCCUCCACCCUGAGCAUAUCCGGGGCCGGGGCCGCCUCCUCCUCUGGCGAGCGCUGCCGUCUGACACGGGGCUCCACGAUCCGGAGCACUUUUCACGGGGGCCAGUUGAGGGACCGGGGCCCGCCCGUCUACUCGGCCCCGCCCACAUCCCCCACGCUGUCCAACCACGACGCCAGUCCACUGCCGCACGCCCGCAGCCGCGCCACUUCCAACCUCUUUACCAAACUCACCUCCAAACUCACACGCAGGGUCACAAAUGAACCUGAGGGAAUCUGCCGAUCUGCGGUCACAAGGUCAGUAUAUGUCGCAAGUCGCCAUUUACCUGGGCAUCAAAAAGCGGCCGAGCCCUGGGCCAUCGGAUGUGGCUGGAAUCUGAGGGUACCCCGGGGGCGGCGGGACACAGCGGAGGUGGUGCUGGCUCUGUGGGAGGCGGCACGAGGCUGCGGCUGCCAGGUCCACCACGCCGGCCCCUUCAUGCUCUCCUGCACCCACGGGGCGUCCGGCGGUUGCGUGGCCUUCAAGGCAGAGGUGUGCCACCUCUCCACAGGGGGUGGGGCAUCCAACAAUAAGACUUCCAACGGGGUACGCUAUACACGGCUUUGGGGAGCACCGCUCGUUUUCCGGGACAUCGCCAUGCAAAUCUCAAAGGACCUCGAACUCUGAAUAUAAUGGGGGUUGAGAAGGAUGGAAAGAGAAAUACAGAGAAAGAGGGACGUGGGGCUGGACUCAAGAUAAAAUACAUUUGCCCCUGUCUCUUACGUGGCUAUAGCUCUACCCCCCCCUCCGCACCAGCCUCAACCUAACCACCCGCCCCCAUCGCCACACCACCCAGACCCAAAUGUACCCCCCCGUCCCUCUCGCCACUACUACUGAACAGCUUCACCCACUGGAACCUGAUCAGACAGGAAUCCAGCUUAAAAUGUUUUACUGUUAACUCUAGCCAUAAUGACUAUUACUUUUAUGAUUGGUAUCAUUGUCUUUUUUUAACAAUCACAAACUCCGUACCGACAACAUCAAAAACAUACUCGAAAAUAUUUCUCGUGUUUCGCCGUCUUUGUUGCGUGUCACAGUACAGAUAUAGGAUCUUGAUUUGAUCACCCUGUUGCGGAUAACUUUCCUGCAAUACAGGAAAUGUAAAACUUGUAGUGUAUUCGAGGUUUAAAAAGGCUUUUGAAGUUUGUAAUUUCCACUUCAAAAUUUCAGACUUUAUUUUCCCUUACGAAAAAUGUAUCAACCCAUAAAACAUUUCCAUUAAUUAUAAUCCACAUAAUAAUUCACAUUUCCUGUUGCUGCAGGAUUAUUUUCCUGCUGUAGCAAACUGUCUCAAAUUAAGAUCCUACAUCUAUGUAUGUUUUUGCUCUUUCUUCUCCCAUUUGAACAUUGAUACUGAUGAAGUGAUUAUCCAAGGACUUCUGUGGACAAUAUGCACAAAUAUGGAGACAGUUAACUCAAUGAUUUGACAAGUGGCAUCAAAGGUUACUCUGUUUUUCUAUUUGUGCACAGUAUAGGCGGGAUUGGAUUAUUGGGCAAUGACAGAGAAGUUGACAAGAUACUUUGAACCAGCCAAUGGGAACCUUCACAUCCAUUUCCACUAACAUCAUCAACUGAAAAGGUAGUAGGUGGGGAUGUUAUCUCGGACACACCAUGAAUCUAUCUCAGUUAGUCUUACUGCAUACGACAUAAAUAAACUGGACUGAUAUAGGUUUCACUUUUUUAGUAUUGUACAAACCACACACCAUAAUAAGCUAUUAUGUUAAUGUGUAAUGUCAGGCAGUAUACACUUUGGUACAAAUCAUGCUCCAUUUUAGAUAUCAGUGCCAAUAUGACAACUGAAUCUCUAUACAGUGCAUUCGGAAAGUAUUCAAACCCCUUGACUUUUUUCACAAUUUGUUACGUUUGUUACGCCUCAUUCUAAAAUGUAUAAAACAUUUAUUUUUUCUCAUCCGUCUACACACAAUACCCCAUAAUGACUAAGC